GCUAUUUAAAAGGUGCUCAUCUCCGUGUUGUUUACCUGCAAAAAACCCCGGUGUGUACAGCUCUUUCCUGCAAGUCGUGCUGGUUGCAAGCUCUUGUUUUUAACUCGUUGCUACCUACGUUAAUAAUGUCUUCUGUUGAAGUUCGUGCUGCGCAGCUCCCAGCCGCGGGGAACCCCGGGAAGAUGGGGAGGAAACCCGCAGCAGGUCCGAGGAGGGCUGCUCUCGGGGAGCUGACCAACUUUCCCGCAGCAACAGUCAACACAAAGCCGAUACUUGAUGAAGAGUUUCCCUCUGGGCUGCAGGUCCAGCCGGUGUCUCGCAGGAAGCUGCAGCUUGUGGGCGUGACCGCCAUGCUGGUGGCCUGUAAAUACGAGGAGAUGUACGCCCCCGAGGUCGGAGACUUUGCCUACAUCACAGACAACGCCUUUACAAAGGCUCAGAUUCUGGAGAUGGAGCAGCUUGUCUUGCGGACCCUCAACUUUCAGCUGGGACGUCCUCUCCCGUUACACUUCCUCAGACGGGCCUCCAAGGUGGCUAAUUCUGACGUAGAGAGACACACGCUGGCCAAGUACCUGAUGGAGCUGACCCUCGUCGACUACAGCAUGGUGCACUACCGGCCGUCUGAGGUCGCCGCGGCGUCGCUCGGUCUCUCCCAGCUGCUGCUGGAAGACCUGCCCUGGUCUCCCACGCAGCAGCACUACUCCACGUACGACGCGGCCCACCUGGAGCCCAUCAUGCAGCACAUCGCCAAAAACGUCGUCAUGGUGAACGAGGGGAAGACCAAGUUCCAGGCCGUGAGGAACAAGUACUCGAGCAGCAAGCUGAUGAAGAUCAGCCUCCUUCCUCACCUGAAGUGCCCAACCGUCUUCGCCAUGGCAGCCGCUCUGCUCAAAAACCCUUGAGACCACUUUACAUUUCCAAAGAUCAGUGGACUUUGUCACUUGCACUUUAUUUUAGAUGUAACUUUAUGCUUUUUGUUUUUUUAAAUAAAAUUUUAAAUUUUUA